AGUUUUCUACAUUGGAUUUGCAGUUUGUAUGAGCGAUGGCCGCCUCGGUCUCCUCAGGUGAGAAGCACUUGGUGGAUCAGUACUGGGAGAAGCUCAUCCAGCAGAUCUCUAUGGUACAUCCAGUGUUGGACCAUCUACUACAAGAAGAUCUCCUGACUCAGGAACAGUACGACAUUGUGAAGGCUGAAAACACGAGCCAGGAAAAGAUGAGGAGACUGCUGACCUAUACCAGAGGGUGGAAUUCCUCGGACAAGGACAUUCUUCUCAGAGCCAUGAGGAACAGCAAUCCCGGAGGCACUAAAAACCUUGGAGGAACAUCACUAUUAGAGAAACUGAAGACUGAAUCUGAUGGCCAAAUCAAAGACUCAAGAAUGAAAUACAUGAUGUCUACAAGGCAGAGAUACCAACGUUUCAAGGCAUAUAACUCUUGUAGAGGGGAGUACGUUAGUCUAGACAAAAUAUAUACACAAAACCUACUGAUAAAAGACAAUCAACAUAAACAAAGGAGAGAGCACGAAAUAGAAUAUUUGAGUAGAAGACACCUUCAGCUACUGAAUGACCGAUCUUCUGGUGAGCACUCCCCAACCACAGCUCAGGAUCUGUUUAAUCCUAAUGAAGAUGGUGUUACUCCCAAGAUCGUGGUUCUAGAAGGACCUGCCGGCAUCGGAAAAACGGUGACCUGCCAGAAGAUCAUGCUGGACUGGGCCUCGGGGAAUCUCUACCAAAACAAGUUCUGUUUGCUGUUUUAUCUGAGCUGUAGAGAACUCAACAACAUUAUUGGCUGCAUAAGCCUAGCUAGGCUUUUAUCUAGAAUCUGUAGACUGCCGUGCGAAGAGGAAGUCAUGAAGGUAGUCUUGACUGAUUCUGAAAACUUGCUCUUCGUCAUUGAUGGUCUGGAUGAGCUCAGAUGGUCUUUGGAGGAUCAGUCUGAGGUUUGUGAAGACCCUUUUCAGGAAACUCACCUAAACGUCAUUCUGAGGAGCUUACUGAAAAAACAAGUCCUGUGUGAAGCCUCUAUGAUUAUCACCACCAGAUCAUUCACGUUGGAGAAAUUGGAGGAACUUAUUGAAGAUCCUUGCUAUGUAGAAGCUUUAGGAUUCACGGGGAAGGAGCGGGAAAAAUACGUCUACAAAUUCUUUAAAGAUGAAGAUGUGGCAGAGAAGGUUCUUGGAAUAAUUAAAGAGAACGACAUUGUAUUUACCAUGUGUGCGAUCCCUAUCACAUGCUGGAUUGUGUGUACUGUGAUGAAACAAGAAAUAAAAAAGGACUUUGACCUAAUCCAAUGUAGAACAACCACCUCCAUCUACGUCCUCUACCUGAAAGGUUUAAUAAAAUAUCACAGCAGGAAGCAGCCGGUGGCGACGUGUCUAAGGAAGGUGUGCGCUUUAGCCAAUGAAGGAGUUUUCAGUAAGAAAAUUCUCUUUGAGGAGGCAGAUCUGAGGAGACAUGGGCUCUCCAUGACUGAGAUGGAGUCAGUAUUUCUGAAUGAGAGCAUUAUCCACCAGGACAUUGAAAUAAGCACCUGCUACAGCUUCAUCCAUCUGACCGUCCAGGAGUUCUUUGCCGCUUUGCAUUACGUGCUGGGAGAGGAACCGUCCAAUGAGAACCCUGGAGCCGACAGUGUUCUUUCCCAUCCUGAUAAGUAUUUUGGGAAAUCAUUGACUGAAAUGUGUAUUAAUAACCCCCAUUUACCAUUAAUGGUCCAGUUUCUGUAUGGACUCACAGACCAUAACCAGGGGAAGGAACUGUCCAAAAUCACAGGAUGUGACAUUUCGUUCCGAGCUACGCCGGCCAUGAUGAGCUGGCUCGCCCCCGACGAUGUCUGCUUCUAUAAUGAGCUCAUCUGCUGCUUGUUCGAGAUGCAGGAUGAAGACUUUGUUAGGACGCUCAUGUCCCGCACAAGAAGUUUGACAUUUCGGCUCUUGGGAAGAGUGAACUGUAUUCGGCAGCUGGCCUACUGCUUGAAAACCAGAAAAGAGAUUCACAGAAUAUCAUUUAAGUGCUGGAAGAUGGGACUGGAGGACCUCCAGAUGUUAUCUCCAUUCCUGCGAAAGUGCUCGGUGCUUCAGUAAGUAUUUCCUGUUCAUUAAAAUCGAUGAAUUAACUUAAGCCCAAGGCCUUCAUAGCAAUUAAUGGGGGACCUGCAUUAGGCUUUCGUACUCAGAUGUGACUCAGUUCUAACCUUUUGGGUAUUUAUAUACUGUUACCUAGAUUCAGAG